AUGACACUGACGAUGCGGUGCGCAGAGGCAUGCGAGCACGAGACGAGCGGCGCGCUGGAGCGAACUGUUGGUGUACGUAGGAUGCGGCGUGCGUACCCGCGCACCGCCGCUGACAGUGCCGCGCCCGCGACCGCUAUGAAAAUAAUGCUCGGCAAGUUACCACGCCCGUGGAUAGUAGACGACGCCAAAGACGAUGGGUAUACAGCAUUACACCUGGCCGCUCUCAACAACCACGCCGAAGUGGCAGAGUUACUUGUACGAGGUGGUGCACGACCUGAUCUACAAAAUGCUAACCUGCAGACAGCCUUACACCUCGCGGUCGAAAGACAGCAUACUCAAAUAGUGCGCCUACUCGUCGCGCAUGGAGCGAAUCUCAAUAUUUGUGACAAGGAUGGUGAUACGCCUCUACAUGAAGCACUGCGUCACCACACACUACAACAGUUACGGCGUUUGCAAGAUGCACGCGACGCAUCGCUUCUUACCGGGCUAGCGCAUCCCCACGAUAAAAAGUCUUCGGCUUCCAUCGCUUGCUUCCUUGCCGCGCAUGGUGCUGAUCUCACCGUUAAGAAUAAAAAAGGUCAAACACCCCUUGACUUAUGUCCGGAUCCGAAUCUCUGCAAGACUUUGACUUCUUGUCGAAAAGAAGGUAGUGGACUUGGUUCCGAGGAUGACGGACGGGCAGAGGGCGAAACGAGUCUGUUGAGUACCGUGGCCAGCAACAGUACAGCUGCCCCAGUCACGUCACCGUCAUCUGCUCCAACAACAUCGACAGCAUCUACUGAAGUAACAUCUACAACAACCGAACCUUCUGACCCAACUGCGGAUGAGUGCCUCGUCUGUUCUGAUGCGAAACGAGAUACGCUUUUCCGUCCAUGUGGACACAUUUGUUGCUGUAACGUAUGUGCUGCACGGGUGAAGAAGUGCUUGGUGUGCCGCGCGUGUGUGACGGGGCGGGCGCGCGUUGGCGAGUGCGUGGUGUGCUCGGAGGCGCCGGCCACGGUGGUGUUCCGUCCGUGCGGCGACGUGUGCGCGUGCGCCGCGUGCGCCCCGCUCAUGCGCAAGUGCGUGGAGUGUCGCACGCCGCUGCAGCCCGCGCCCACCCUUGCCGCGCCCGCCACCACGUCCCUCCCGCCUACUCAACUCCCCGCACCGCUGCCGCUCAAGAUUGACUUGGAGAAGGAAGGAGGAAGCAGCAACCUAGCUCAGGUGCAGGUGAACAAGGGUCAGCCGGUGCCGGCCCAGUCGGCCCCGCACUACAUGAACAACGGGUCGCGGUUCGCCGCCGGGCCGGGCGCGCCCGCCGCCCCGCCCCCCGCAGCGCCGCCCGCCCCCGCUGCUGAUGUGCAGAAGUUGCAACAACAGCUACAGGACAUUAAAGAACAGACUAUGUGUCCGAUUUGCUUGGACCGGUUGAAGAACAUGAUUUUCCUGUGCGGACACGGCAUGUGUCAGAUGUGUGGCGACCGCAUCACGGUGUGCCCAAUCUGUCGCAAGCAAGUCGAGAAGCGCAUCCUACUUUACUAA